AUGGCAGGGGCUUCGGCCGUGUUUAUACUGGAUCUGAAGGGCAAGGUGAUCAUUAGCCGGGACUACCGCGGUGACGUGUCACUGACGGCGGCUGCGGAGCGGUUUCAGCAGAAUGUGGUGGAGCUGGACGAUCCCCUGUUGAUCAAGCCGAUCUUUCUCGACGAUGGCGUGACGUAUGCGUGGAUUCAGUACAGCAACGUGUACCUGCUGGCGGUCACGAAGCGUAAUUCGAACGCGAUGAUGCUUCUGGCCUUUCUGUACAAGCUGUCCGAGGUGCUGCGCGAGUACUUCAAGGAGCUCGAGGAAGAAAGCAUCCGCGACAACUUCGUGAUCACCUACGAGCUGCUGGACGAGAUCAUGGAUAACGGCUUCCCGCAAAGCACCGAAGUCAAGGUCCUGCGCGAGUUCAUCAAAAACGAGGCGCACCAGCUGUCUGUCGACGCGCUGCGGCCGCCGACGGCCAUCACAAACGCCGUCUCCUGGCGCUCGGAUGGCAUUUUUCACAAGAAGAACGAGGUCUUCCUCGACGUCGUGGAGAAGCUGAAUCUGCUGGUGUCUUCGAACGGCACCGUCCUCCGCUCAGAGAUCCUGGGGAGCCUCAGGAUGAAGAGUUUCCUGUCGGGGAUGCCUGAGCUGAAGCUGGGGUUGAACGACAAGCUGCUCUUGGAGACCAGCGGCCGCACUCUCUCCAAAGGCAAGGCCAUUGAAAUGGAAGACAUCAAGUUUCACCAGUGCGUGCGCCUCGCGCGCUUCGAGAACGACAGGACGAUCUCCUUCAUCCCGCCCGACGGCGAAUUCGAGCUCAUGAGCUACCGCCUCAACACGCAGGUCAAGCCCCUGAUUUGGAUCGACGCCGUCGUCGACACCGGUCGCUCGGCGACGCGCAUCGAGUACAUGAUCAAGGCGCGGUCGCAGUUCAAAAGUCGCUCCGUGGCCAGCGGCGUGGAGAUCCACGUGCCCGUGCCACCUGACGCGGACUCGCCGCACUUCAAGACGUCGAUCGGCACCGUGAAGUACCUCCCCGAGAAAGAUCUCAUGGUGUGGUUCAUCAAACAGUUUCAGGGGCAACGCGACUUCGUCAUGACCGCCACCUUCGGCCUGCCCUCAGUUGGCGUCGACUCCCGUGACGCGUACCUGAAGAAGCCGAUCAACGUCAAAUUCGAAAUACCCUACUUCACCGUCAGCGGCAUCACCGUGCGCUACCUCAAAAUCAUCGAGAAAAGCGGAUACCAGGCCCUCCCCUGGGUGCGAUACAUCACGCAAAACGGCGAGUAUCAACUCCGACUCUCCUAA